GGCUCUGUGCUAAUAAAACCUUAAAAAAAACGUGACAAGUUGUUAAACCAAUGAUUAGUAAGCUACAGUGUCCUUGGUGCGACUUUCCACUCCCCCACAUUUAGUCGGAUCUCAACCUCUUCCACCUGGCGUGUUGUUGACGUGUUGUUAUCGGAUGAGCCGGGUACCGAAGACUCGCGGCGCAAAGAGUGUUUGGUAACACAAAACUAAACUUCAGCCGGGCUGAAGCCUCGCUACAGACCCAAUUGAGCACAGACAUUGCGUUAAUAUUGCCCUCAUCGACCAAACAGCAAAAAGAAAAAACGACACUGGAAUCGCUGUUGCUCUGUAAAUGAGCCCCGCGCUUCGAGCUUUGCCUUUACGCGCAAGUGAGCGCACAAAUGGCUCCUCGACAAUAACGCGCCACGGAAGAGCCUUGGUGACCGGAGAGGAUCUACAACUGAGGGGUAGACACUGGAGCCCUUGGCAUCUUUAUCCCAUUUGAAAUGAACUUCUUAAAUUCCCCCGCGUGCAGUCCGUUAAUAUCCAGGUUAUAUGCCAGAGUUCGCCUCUUCCUCCCACCACUCCGGAGGCACAGCGGGAUGAGUUAGUUCAACACUCCCUCCAGUUGAGAACAUUUGGGAAUUUUGGGGUAUGUAGAUCUUUUUUUUUUUUUCUUCUCCAGCUGCACCCUACAUCGGAUUAUUCCCGCCAUGGCCGCCGCAGCCUGAGGAAAGAUGGAGUUGGGUUUGGAUGUUGGGGAGGCGGUGGGGCUAAACGGGUCGGACUGUCCGUCCCGGAACGAGAGCGACCUCCGGGCGGGCGCCUCGUCCACCGGGCUGUCCAGCACGCUGGCCAGCGUGCUGAUCUUCACCAUCGUGGUAGACAUCCUGGGCAAUGUGCUGGUCAUCCUGUCGGUGUACAGGAACAAGAAGCUAAGGAACGCAGGCAACAUCUUCGUGGUGAGUUUGUCCGUGGCAGACCUGGUGGUGGCCUUGUACCCUUACCCUCUGGUCCUGACAGCCAUCUUCCACAAUGACUGGACCAUGGGUGACCUGCACUGCCAGGCAAGCGGCUUCAUCAUGGGCCUGAGCGUCAUCGGCUCCAUCUUCAACAUCACGGCCAUCGCCAUCAACCGAUACUGCUACAUCUGCCACAGCCUUCACUACGACCGGCUGUACAGUCUGAGAAACACCUGCUGCUACCUGGGCCUCACAUGGCUCUUGACCGCACUCGCCACAGUGCCGAACUUCUUCGUCGGCUCGCUGCAGUACGACCCACGCGUCUACUCCUGCACCUUCGCCCAGACGGUCAGCUCGUACUACACCAUCUCAGUGGUGGUCAUUCACUUUCUCAUCCCGCUGUCGGUGGUGUCCUACUGCUACAUGAGGAUAUGGGUGCUGGUGAUCCAAGUGAAACGUCGGGUGAAACCGGAGCUAAGGACCAAACUGAAACCCAGUGAUAUGAGGAACUUCCUGACGAUGUUUGUGGUGUUUGUCUUGUUCGCAGUAUGCUGGGCUCCGCUGAACCUCAUAGGACUGGCAGUGGCUAUAAACCCAGAGAGAGUUGCGCCCAACAUACCUGAGUGGCUCUUUGUCACGAGCUACUUCAUGGCAUACUUUAACAGUUGCCUCAACGCGGUCAUAUAUGGACUGCUAAACCAAAACUUCCGCAAAGAAUACAAGACAAUUCUUCUUGGUCUUUGUAUCCCACGUUUGCUUCUCAUGGAGACCUCCAAGUGUGGCACAGAGGGACUGAAGAGUAAGCCCCUGCCUGCUUUUACAAACAAUAAUGUAGCAGAGAUAAAUGUAUAAUCUUGACGUUUUGCUGGGAAACUGAGAUUAAGUUUCUGUGUCGCCUGAUUGCGGGUCUGUGCCAUAUUUUACCCAGUGCCUUUCAUGG